AUGGUUCGACUUCGCGACAUCGCCACAACCCGCCUCCUCCUCCUCCUCGCCUUCCUCCUCGUGGCGAUGCCAUCCUGCGUAUUAACCGAGCCAGCAGAGGGAGACUCACAAAGUAAGGAAGGUUCCCACACUCAGGCUAAAGAUCAUCAUCAAGCUCCUCCAUCUCGUCCCAUCUCUACUCCGACGCCUGCAAAGCCAACCAUGUCUUUGCGCCGCAUCCUACCGAAGAACCUCAACGUCAAGGUUGUUGAUGUGGAUGUGGUGCAGCAGAUCGACUAUGGCCUGGAGACAAUCCCGUCAAUCGCAGCCUUUCUGACUAUCAAUCUUGCAUUGAAAUACCUGAUGAGACAAGUCCUGGGAAUCACCAAGUUUCCUCAUCCCCUGGUCGGAAUGUUCAUGGCGUUUGCGGGGUUGAUGUCAAUGAAAGAAAAGGACGCAGCGAAGGUUGUCUCCUUUUUCAAGCCAGGAUUGGAUCUGCUUACCAAUUUCCUCCCUGCCUUUUUCGCUCCUGGUCUGAUUGUCACACCGCUUGCGAUGAAGGACGUCUCUGCAGUAGACUUCACCAAGUUCCUUUCGGUUCUGGGGCUGGGAGGAUCAGGGCUCUACUUCAUAAUCGCCAACGUGGUGGCAAUUCUGCAGGAAAAAGGGAACAGGGAACAGAAAGCACAACCCCAGGCCCCAAAGAGGGCGGGGUUUAAGAGUUGGUUUUCACCUCAGUUGGAGAAGAUCUUCUUCACCCUGACAGGUUUGAGUUUGUUCGGCUUCGGCCAUGAUGAUUGA